AUGUCCGAUCCCAAGCUUAUAGAUAUCCCAGCUGUGAUCUUUGACAAUGGAUCUGGACUAUGCAAGGCCGGGAUCGCUGGGGACAGCGCUCCAAGAUCAGUUAUCACAGCAAUUGUUGGCCGCUCAAAAGCCAAAGCGACUAUGCUUGGAGCGGGACAGAAGGAAUACUACGUCGGGGAAGAAGCUCAGUCCAAACGGGGCGUUUUAUCAUUGAAUUAUCCCAUCGAUCACGGCAUUGUGACCUCCUGGGAUGACAUGGAAAGAAUCUGGAGGCAUGUGUAUGACUGUGAGUUGAGGAUCAAAUCCAGCGAGAGGCCCGUGUUGCUCACUGAAGCCCCACUGAAUCCUCUCCAGAAUCGGGAGAGGAUGACUGAGAUCAUGUUUGAGAACUUCAGGGUCCCAGCUAUAUAUGUUGCCGUCCAAGCCACGCUGGCGCUCUACGCAUCGGCGCGCACCACUGGCAUAGUCAUGGAUAGUGGAGAUGGGGUCACUCACACCGUUCCCAUCUAUGAAGGGUAUUGUUUACCCCAUGCAGUCUCCAGAUUGGACGUUGCUGGAAGAGAUAUCACUGAAUACUUUAUGAGACUUCUUCUAGAAAGUGGGCAUUCCUUCGUCAGCACGGCUGAAAGAGAAAUUGUGAAGGACAUUAAGGAGAAGCUGUGUUACGUAGCUUUAGAUCCCAUCCAAGAAAUGAAAACCAAACCAGAGUAUCUUCUAAGAGAGUAUAAAUUACCAGAUGGAAACAUCAUCCAGAUUGGGAGUCAACUCUUCCGAGCUCCUGAGAUUCUUUUCGCUCCCACCAACAUUGGCAUAGAUGCGCCGGGCGUCCACCGAAUGAUCUUCAACAGCAUCAUGAAAUGUGACAUUGACGUCCGCCGAGAUCUUUAUGGCAAUAUUCUCCUUUCGGGUGGAUCGACUUUAUUCUGUGGGCUGGAUGAGCGCAUCUUACAGGAGAUGCAACUUCAGGUGCCCCUCGGGAUGUCUGUGAGGAUUAUUGCUCCACCAGAAAGGAAGUACUGCGUGUGGAUCGGGGCCUCCAUUUUGACUUGCUUAACAGCGUUCAGACAAAUGUGGGUCACCCCAAGCGAUUACAGUGAAUUUGGACCUGGCGUGGUGCACCGAAAAUCAACCAGAGACGUUGCAGAGAAAGAUAUGAAACAGGAAACACCAUCCCACCGCAGCAGCAACCCCGGGGAGCAGCUCUCACAAGCUGUCAUCAUCGACAAUGGCUCUGGACUGUGCAAAUCUGGGGUUUCUGGGGAAAUUAGCCCACGGCAUGUCAUAGCCACUGUCCUCGGCUGCCCCAGAAGCAAGCUACCUCUUUCCAAAGCUAAGAAGAAAGAAUGCUGUGUAGGAUUUGAAGCCCAGCACAGGCAGGAUGCUCUAUCGUUGACAUACCCCAUUGAAGCAGGUGUUAUUACUUCAUGGGAAGAGAUGGAGAAGAUCUGGAAGUACAUCUAUGACAAAGGACUGGGGCUGAAAGCAUUUGAGAGACCUCUGCUGAUGACAGAAGCUCCACUGAAUCCGAAAGAGGACCGAGCCAAGCUCACCCAGCUGAUGUUUGAAUAUUUUAAGGUACCUGCCUUCUAUCUCUCCAUCCAAGCCAUCCUCUCGCUCUACGCUUCUGCACGUUACACGGGGAUUGUCAUGGAUUGUGGUUUUGGAGUCAGCCAUGCCGUACCAGUAUACGAGGGAUACUGCUUGCCCCAUGCUGUCUCCCGGCUGGACCUCGGCGGCCGAGACAUCACCCAGUUCCUGAGAGAACUUCUGCUGGAAAACAGGCAAUACUUCUGGAACUUUCCAGAAGCGAACAGUGUUGUGGAGGACAUCAAAGUCAAGCUGUGUUUUGUGACACCAGAUGCCCGCCAGCUAGUGUCGGAGGAGCUUCCCAAAGAGUACAAGCUUCCUGAUGGAAACAGGAUCAAAAUUGGGGACCCUCUCUAUCUGGCUCCAGAAAUCCUUUUCACCCCAAGAAACAUCAACCACAGUGGUCAAGGCCUCCACAAGAUAGUUGUCCAAAGCAUCAAAAAAUGUGACCCCAGCCUCCGUAACGUGCUGUAUGGCAAUGUAUUGAUUUCGGGGGGGUCCUCCCUUUUUCCAGGUUUAGAUGAGAGGAUGUUCAAAGGGCUGGAAGAUGAGGCCCCUCAAGGUGUCCCCAUCAAGGUCAUUGCACCCCCAGAUCGAUGGUUCUCAGCAUGGAUCGGGGCUUCUAUCAUCACUUCCUUGAGCACCUUCAAGCAAAUGUGGGUCACCGCUGCAGAUUACCGAGAGUACGGACCAAAUAUUGUCCACCGACGAUGCUAUUAA